CGUCAUCACGUCAUGUUGAAGGGAAAAAAUAAUGGCGGCUCUUGUAAUGGGAUGGCAUAGUGCAUGUAUGAGAUAAGUCUUCAAAACAUUUUUUUUUGUGAUAAAUCGUUAUGAAAAAAAAAUAAUCCGUUAGAAUAACCAAGGUGUCAACGUAACAAGUCAGAAUGGCUCACCGAUACCUCCGCUUGUCAAGAGGUGGCAGGAAUCUAUUCAAAAUGUUGCUGCCUCCAAACGUCAGAACAACUCACGUUAACGGUGCACGACUGGUCUCCAGCCAAGCAGACAGCCAGAUAGUACUUGAAAGGAGGACUCUGUUUGAACAUGUGUUAGGUGCCUAUCAAAGACUCUGCUCCAAACCACCAAAAGGAUUUGAAAAAUAUUUCCCCAAUGGUCCGAAGAGUGCGCCGAAGAGCAGUGAAUCCAACCCAACCAGUGGAGAAGCCAAAGAGGCCAAGCCAACUACCAAUGCACAGAAGGCCACUGGUAGAUCUAGUGGAGGAGGUGGGGCCUCAGGCGGAGGAGGAAAAAGGGGAGGCAGGAAGGAUGAGUCCCAUUGGUAUAGCCGGCUACAAAAGGGUGACGUGCCAUGGGACGAUAAGGAGUUCCGUAUGUACUUCCUGAGUGGGGCUGCAUUUUGGACCAUGGUUACAUAUUUCUUUUUUUUACGGGAAGGCGGGAGAGAGGUCACUUGGAAAGACUUUGUCAAUAACUACCUCUCGAAAGACGUCGUUGACAGAUUGGAAGUAAUAAACAAGCGCUAUGUGAAGGUGGUAUUUACACCCGGAAAGACUCCAGUUGAUGGACAAUACGUGUGGUUCAACAUCGGCAGCGUGGACACGUUUGAGCGGAACCUAGAGACAGCUCAGUAUGAGAUGGGUAUCGAGGGGGAGAACCGUCUGCCAGUGGUGUACUCCGCUGAAAGCGACGGGUCGUUCCUGCUAAGCAUGCUGCCCACCGUGCUCAUCAUCGGCUUCCUGCUCUUUAUGCUGCGACGGGGGCCAGCAGGAGCUGGCCGACCGGGUGGCCGGGGCAUGGGAGGACUAUUCAGUGUCAGCGAGACAACGGCCAAGGUGUUGCGCGAUGAGAUCGACGUGAAGUUCAAGGACGUGGCAGGCUGCGAGGAGGCCAAGCUGGAGAUCAUGGAGUUUGUCAACUUCCUCAAGAACCCCAAGCAGUACCAGGACCUGGGCGCCAAGAUCCCCAAGGGGGCCAUCCUGACGGGACCCCCUGGCACAGGGAAGACCCUGCUGGCCAAGGCCACCGCCGGAGAGGCCGACGUCCCCUUUAUUACCGUAAAUGGCUCAGAGUUCCUGGAGAUGUUUGUGGGCGUGGGCCCCGCCAGGGUUCGAGAUCUGUUUGUCAUGGCCCGUAAGAAUGCCCCUUGUAUCCUCUUCAUUGACGAGAUUGACGCAGUAGGGCGCAAGCGAGGCAGAGGGAACUUUGGUGGCCAGAGCGAGCAGGAAAACACCCUCAAUCAGCUGCUGGUCGAGAUGGAUGGGUUCAACACGGCAACCAAUGUAGUAGUGCUAGCAGGUACUAAUAGACCUGACAUCCUGGACCCUGCACUGAUGAGGCCCGGACGCUUUGACAGACAGAUUUACAUUGGUCAUCCGGACAUUAAAGGCAGAUCGUCCAUAUUUAAAGUGCACUUGAGGCCUUUGAAAAUGGAUGCAGAGAUGGACAAAGAAGCUCUCGCCAGGAAAAUGGCUGCCCUCACCCCAGGCUUCUCAGGUGCUGAUAUUGCCAAUGUGUGCAAUGAAGCCGCGCUGAUUGCUGCUCGCCACCUCGCGGACUCGAUCAACCAGAAGCACUUUGAGCAGGCCAUCGAACGUGUGAUCGGAGGUCUGGAGAAGAAGACUCAGGUCCUGCAGCCUGAGGAGAAAAAGACUGUAGCUUACCACGAGGCAGGGCACGCUGUGGCAGGCUGGUACCUGGAGCACGCUGACCCCCUGCUCAAGGUAUCUAUCAUCCCCAGAGGCAAAGGGUUGGGCUAUGCCCAGUACCUACCAAAGGAGCAGUACCUAUACACCAAGGAGCAGCUGCUGGACAGGAUGUGCAUGACGCUGGGUGGCCGCGUGUCUGAGGAGAUCUUCUUCGGUCGCAUCACCACGGGGGCCCAGGACGACCUCCGGAAGGUCACCCAGAGUGCAUACGCCCAGAUUGUGCAGUUUGGCAUGAAUGACAAGGUGGGACAGGUGUCCUUCGACUUGCCCCGGCAGGGCGAGAUGACCCUUGAGAAGCCCUACAGCGAGGCCACGGCGCGCCUCAUCGACACGGAGGUACGCAAUCUCAUCCGAGAGGCGUACGAGCGUACCCACACCCUACUGGCUGAGAAGAAAGGCGAUGUGGAGAAGGUGGCGCAGCGUCUGCUGGAGAAGGAGGUGCUGGACAAGAAGGACAUGGUGGAGCUCCUGGGGCUGCGGCCGUUCGCUGAGAAGUCCACCUACGAGGAGUUUGUGGAGGGCACGGGGGGCAUGGAUGAGGACACAUCCCUGCCUGAGGGCCUCAAGGACUGGAACAAGGAGCGAGACAAGGAGGAAAGCACAGAGGAACAGGUGGCCCGACAGAUCUCCGGAGGGAUGCCCUUCUAAACGGGGACUGCUUAGCCUCACCGAUGGUCGUUUUUAGUAUGAGGCUGUACUGAGAUUAGAACAGGUUGGUGGAAGGAUGUCAGUAAAACCCCACCUAAACGUUACCUGACUGAACCAUGCCCAGGAUCCCUCUGAUUGGUCAGUUGCAUCCUUUGCAAUGGUCUGGGGGUGUAUUCAGCGAGAUGAAACAUUCUGAAUGUUGCAGAUAAAAAUGUCAUACAGGAGUUAAAAGUUCUGUCAUGGUUAGAGUAAACAAAAUAUAUCAAAUUUUGUUUUUGGGGGGGGGGUAUUAUUUUGGGUCAAGAAGACACUAGGCCACACAUCAAACUAAAAACGAUGUAGAAAAUAUAAUAGACCAAUUUAUUUUAUUUUAUAUAACUUACCUGUUUCUGGCCCUCAAAAUUGAUUUUGACAAACAAAUCGGUCAUAAUAAAAAUAAAUCUGAGCCAAAAAGUUUUGCCGCCAAAUCUUGUGUGUGUGAUUUAACCUGUCAUUAAUAAAGCUAUGUAUUCCCUAUUCAA